CUAUGGUACAUCACCUGAGUUGUGGGGUAAAUGUAGAGAGUGUCAAUCAAAGGCAGAGCUCUCAGAGCUGGGAAGGAGGCUCUAGAUGGCGGCUGUGCCUUAGAGCGCGCUCUGCUCUCUGCCUUUGCCUCACUUUACGCAACUUUCCCUAACUUUCUGGCAGCCUCAGGGGGCCCCCGCAGCCCCCUGCCUCUCCUAGUGACUUACUGGGGUCGAUUCGAACCUUUUUUAGGGAGAAAAGCAGCUUUUAGGAGCUUUCUUUUCGUGCCUUGUUGGAAAGAAGCAGCCGUACUGAGAGCCCAGGUCGUUGUUUUUUCCAGCUUAGAAGCCAUGGCGCACCUCCAUUUUUGUGCGCUCUCCUAAUGAGGUUUUUUUUCUUUCCGACCCGUUUUGGUAUUAAUUAUUACUUUAUUUUUUUGACGAGUUAACAUAUUUGAGGAUUAUUUAAUUUAUUUUUUGUUUUUUUAACGGAGGAUUUUGCCUUUAUUUUUAAUUAUUUGGGAUCUGAUAUUUUUCUACUACUAGAUGGGACUCCUGCUUUGGGCAUACUACAUGGAUCAGUAAAUACCUGGGCACAGGACUUCAAAGCAAACACAGAUUCCCCCUCCCCCUUAAUAUUUAAGAAUUAAAAGAUGAUGAGAAAUAAGGACAAAAGCCAAGAGGAGGACAGUUCGCUACACAGCAAUGCAUCGAGUCAUUCAGCCUCUGAAGAAGCUUCAGGUUCAGACUCAGGCAGUCCGUCGGAAAGUGAGCAGGGCAGUGACCCAGGAAGUGGCCAUGGCAGCGAAUCGAAUAGCAGUUCUGAGUCUUCUGAGAGUCAGUCGGAAUCUGAGAGUGAAUCAGCAGGUUCCAAAUCUCAGCCAGUCCUUCCAGAAGCCAAAGAGAAGCCAGCCUCUAAGAAGGAACGGAUAGCUGAUGUAAAGAAGAUGUGGGAAGAAUAUCCUGAUGUUUAUGGGGUCAGGCGGUCAAACCGAAGCAGACAAGAACCAUCACGAUUUAACAUUAAGGAAGAGGCAAGUAGCGGGUCUGAGAGUGGGAGCCCAAAAAGAAGAGGCCAGAGGCAACUGAAAAAACAAGAAAAAUGGAAACGGGAGCCCUCAGAAGAUGAACAUGAACAAGGCACCAGUGCAGAGAGUGAGCCAGAGCAAAAGAAAGUGAAAGCCAGAAGACCUAUCCCCAGAAGAACAGUACCCAAGCCUCGUGUUAAAAAGCAACCUAAGGUUCAGCGUGGAAAGAGAAAAAAGCAAGAUUCUUCUGAUGAUGAUGAUGAAGACGAUGAAGCUCCCAAAAGGCAGACUCGUCGAAGAGCAGCUAAAAAUGUUAGUUAUAAAGAAGAUGAUGACUUUGAGACAGACUCAGAUGAUCUCAUUGAAAUGACUGGAGAAGGAAUUGAUGAACAGCAGGAUAAUAGUGAAACAAUUGAAAAGGUCUUAGAUUCAAGACUGGGAAAGAAAGGAGCCACUGGAGCAUCUACUACCGUGUAUGCAGUUGAAGCUAAUGGAGACCCUAGUGUGGACUUUGAUACUGAAAAAGAUGAAGGUGAAAUCCAAUACCUCAUCAAAUGGAAGGGUUGGUCUUAUAUUCACAGCACAUGGGAAAGUGAAGAAUCCUUACAGCAACAGAAAGUGAAGGGCCUAAAAAAACUAGAGAAUUUUAAGAAGAAGGAGGAUGAAAUCAAACAAUGGUUAGGGAAAGUUUCUCCUGAGGAUGUGGAAUAUUUUAACUGCCAACAGGAGCUGGCCUCGGAGUUGAUUAAACAGUAUCAGAUAGUAGAAAGAGUAAUAGCUGUGAAGACAAGUAAAUCUACAUUGGGUCAAACAGAUUUUCCAGCUCACAGUCGGAAGCCAGCACCUUCAAAUGAACCUGAAUAUCUUUGCAAAUGGAUGGGAUUGCCCUAUUCAGAGUGUAGCUGGGAAGAUGAAGCCCUGAUUGGGAAGAAAUUCCAGAACUGCAUCGAUAGCUUCCACAGUAGGAACAACUCAAAAACCAUCCCUACGAGAGAAUGCAAGGCCCUGAAGCAGAGACCACGAUUUGUUGCUUUAAAGAAACAGCCAACGUAUUUAGGAGGGGAGAACCUGGAGCUCCGAGAUUAUCAGCUAGAAGGUCUCAACUGGCUUGCUCAUUCCUGGUGCAAAAAUAACAGUGUAAUCCUUGCUGAUGAAAUGGGCCUUGGAAAAACCAUCCAGACCAUAUCAUUCCUCUCCUACCUGUUCCACCAGCACCAGCUGUAUGGCCCCUUUCUUAUAGUCGUCCCUUUAUCCACCCUCACCUCAUGGCAGAGGGAGUUUGAAAUUUGGGCACCAGAGAUUAACGUAGUGGUUUACAUAGGUGACCUGAUGAGCAGAAAUACGAUACGGGAGUAUGAAUGGAUUCAUUCCCAAACUAAAAGGCUGAAGUUCAAUGCACUUAUAACAACGUAUGAGAUCCUCUUAAAAGAUAAGACUGUGCUGGGCAGUAUUAACUGGGCCUUUCUGGGAGUGGAUGAAGCCCAUCGUUUGAAGAAUGAUGACUCUUUAUUGUAUAAAACUCUGAUUGAUUUCAAGUCCAACCAUAGGCUCCUGAUUACGGGGACCCCUCUUCAGAAUUCCCUCAAAGAGCUCUGGUCCUUGCUGCACUUUAUUAUGCCGGAGAAGUUUGAGUUCUGGGAAGAUUUUGAAGAAGACCAUGGCAAAGGGAGAGAGAAUGGCUACCAGAGUCUUCAUAAGGUGCUAGAGCCUUUCCUUCUCCGGAGAGUCAAGAAGGAUGUGGAGAAAUCCCUUCCUGCCAAAGUGGAACAGAUUCUCAGGGUAGAGAUGUCGGCCCUUCAGAAACAGUAUUACAAAUGGAUUCUGACCAGGAAUUAUAAGGCUCUUGCCAAAGGAACAAGAGGCAGCACAUCUGGUUUCCUUAAUAUUGUAAUGGAACUGAAAAAAUGCUGCAACCACUGCUAUCUGAUUAAACCCCCUGAAGAAAAUGAAAGGGAAAAUGGACAGGAGAUCCUUCUGUCCCUGAUCAGGAGCAGUGGGAAGCUGAUUCUGUUAGACAAACUGUUGACAAGACUUCGUGAAAGGGGAAACAGAGUCCUUAUCUUCUCUCAAAUGGUGAGAAUGUUGGAUAUUCUGGCCGAGUACCUGACUAUUAAACACUACCCUUUCCAGCGUCUGGAUGGUUCCAUCAAGGGAGAAAUCCGAAAACAGGCACUGGACCACUUUAAUGCCGAUGGGUCUGAGGACUUCUGUUUCCUGCUUUCGACAAGGGCUGGUGGCCUGGGAAUCAAUUUGGCUUCAGCGGACACAGUGGUCAUCUUUGACUCUGACUGGAACCCCCAGAACGACUUGCAGGCACAAGCCCGAGCCCACAGAAUUGGUCAGAAGAAGCAGGUCAGUGCAGAGAGGCUUCUGGAUAUGGCUUUGGGGUGGGGUGGAGAAAUCACACCUACAUUUUACUUCCACAGCUCAAAUCCAUUUAAUAAAGAAGAGCUAACAGCUAUUCUGAAAUUUGGAGCAGAGGACCUCUUCAAAGAGCUUGAAGGGGAGGAGUCAGAGCCUCAGGAAAUGGAUAUAGAUGAAAUUUUGCGCUUGGCUGAAACCAGAGAGAAUGAAGUAUCAACAAGUGCAACAGAUGAGCUUCUGUCACAGUUUAAGGUUGCCAACUUUGCAACAAUGGAAGAUGAUGAAGAGCUAGAAGAGCGUCCUCACAAGGACUGGGAUGAGAUCAUUCCAGAGGAGCAAAGGAAAAAGGUAGAGGAGGAGGAGCGGCAGAAAGAGCUGGAGGAAAUAUACAUGCUCCCUCGAAUUCGGAGUUCCACUAAAAAGGCUCAGACAAAUGACAGUGACUCUGACACUGAGUCUAAGAGGCAGGCCCAGAGGUCCUCUGCUUCUGAGAGUGAGACAGACGACUCUGAUGAUGACAAGAAGCCAAAGCGCAGAGGACGCCCCAGGAGCGUGCGGAAGGACCUUGUGGAGGGAUUUACUGAUGCCGAAAUCCGAAGGUUCAUCAAGGCUUAUAAGAAGUUUGGUCUUCCUCUUGAACGGCUGGAAUGCAUAGCACGUGAUGCUGAGCUGGUAGAUAAGUCUGUGGCAGAUCUGAAACGCCUGGGUGAACUGAUUCACAACAGCUGUGUGUCAGCAAUGCAGGAAUAUGAAGAACAGCUGAAAGAAAAUGCCAGUGAGGGGAAAGGACCAGGGAAAAGGAGAGGUCCUACUAUUAAGAUAUCUGGAGUUCAGGUUAAUGUGAAAUCCAUUAUCCAACAUGAAGAAGAGUUUGAGAUGCUACAUAAAUCUAUACCUGUGGACCCAGAAGAAAAAAAAAAAUACUGCUUAACAUGUCGUGUCAAAGCUGCACAUUUCGAUGUAGAGUGGGGAGUGGAGGAUGAUUCUCGCCUGUUGCUGGGAAUUUAUGAACAUGGCUAUGGAAACUGGGAAUUAAUCAAAACAGAUCCAGAGCUUAAAUUAACUGACAAAAUUCUGCCUGUGGAGACAGAUAAAAAACCUCAGGGGAAGCAACUACAGACCCGAGUGGACUAUUUGCUGAAGUUGCUCAGGAAGGGUCUGGAGAAGAAGGGGGCUGUCACAAGUGGGGAAGAGGCCAAAUUAAAGAAGCGGAAGCCUCGAGUAAAGAAGGAAAACAAAGUACCCAGGCUGAAAGAUGAGCAUGGAAUUGAGUUUUCAUCUCCUAGACAUUCAGACAAUCCCUCAGAAGAGGGAGAAGUAAAGGAUGAUGGCUUAGAAAAAAGUCCAAUGAAGAAAAAACAAAAGAAGAAAGAGAACAAGGAGAACAAGGAGAAACAGUUGAGUUCUAGGAAAGACAAAGAAGGGGACAAGGAAAGGAAGAAAUCAAAAGAUAAGAAAGAGAAGCCUAAAGGUGGUGAUGCCAAAUCUUCAAGUAAAUCAAAGCGAUCUCAGGGUCCUGUCCAUAUUACAGCAGGAAGUGAACCUGUCCCUAUUGGAGAAGACGAGGAUGAUGAUCUGGACCAGGAGACAUUCAGCAUAUGUAAGGAGAGGAUGAGGCCCGUGAAAAAGGCAUUGAAACAGCUGGACAAACCUGACAAGGGACUAAAUGUGCAAGAACAACUGGAACACACCCGAAACUGCCUGCUGAAAAUUGGAGAUCGGAUAGCCGAGUGCCUUAAAGCCUACUCAGACCAGGAGCACAUCAAACUGUGGAGGAGGAACCUGUGGAUUUUUGUUUCCAAGUUUACAGAAUUUGAUGCUCGAAAACUACAUAAGUUAUACAAGAUGGCUCAUAAGAAAAGAUCUCAAGAAGAGGAGGAGCAAAAGAAGAAAGAAGACAUGAUUGGUGGUAAGAAACUAUUUCGACCAGAGGCCUCAGGCUCAAGCCGGGAUUCUCUGAUGUCUCAGUCCCAUACCUCACACAACCUUCACCCUCAGAAGCCUCAUUUGCCUGCCUCCCAUGGCCCACAGAUGCAUGGACACCCAAGAGAUAACUACAGUCACCCCAAUAAGAGACACUUCAGUAAUGCAGAUCGAGGAGAUUGGCAAAGGGAAAGAAAGUUCAACUAUGGUGGUGGCAACAACAAUCCACCAUGGGGCAGUGACAGGCACCAUCAGUAUGAGCAGCACUGGUACAAGGACCACCAUUAUGGGGACCGGCGACACAUGGAUGCCCACCGUUCUGGAAGCUAUCGACCCAACAACCUGUCCAGAAAGAGACCUUACGACCAGUACAGCAGUGAUCGAGACCACCGGGGACACAGAGAUUACUAUGACAGGCACCAUCAUGACUCCAAGCGGAGGAGAUCUGACGAAUUCAGGCCUCAAAAUUACCACCAGCAGGAUUUCCGCAGAAUGUCUGAUCACCGCCCCCCCAUGGGCUACCACGGACAGGGACCCUCAGACCAUUACCGCUCUUUCCACACAGACAAAUUGGGGGAAUAUAAGCAGCCCCUGCCCCCCUUACACCCGGCAGUCUCAGAUCCUCGUUCACCCCCUUCUCAGAAAUCUCCUCACGAUUCCAAGUCACCCCUGGAUCAUAGAUCUCCUUUAGAGAGAUCACUAGAACAGAAAAACAACCCAGAUUAUAACUGGAAUGUUCGGAAAACAUAAAGGACAGCUCAGAAAGAGGAGAACAAGAGUCACCAAACACAUGGAUAUUUUUGGUCUGAUCCAGCAGUAGCCAGUUAUCUAGACCAGUGAGUGGAGCUUCUGGACGUGCAGCUGCUGUCAGCUCACUGGCUGGAGGAGCACUUCAUGGAGUGGGAGGCCUUUCGUUGGGUCCAGCUUUCGUUUGGGUCACCACUCCUGCACUUUGGCACCUCAUCCCAUUCCAGCCUGGUUCUGGCCUCCCACUUUGAUGAGCCAUUAGGAGGAAAGGUGACUCUUUGUGUACCAGCUUCACUGGGCUGUGUUCCCCCAGUGAAAAAAUAGGGGAUCUUCAGAGUCAUGAAUGUUUCAUUGCCAGGGCCAGUGUUCCCUGGACCUCGGGGCGGUGGUCAGGGCAAGGAAUUUGUGCCUCAAGGCUGCCGGGACCUGGUGGUACAAUGUGUGACCUGGUUCACUCUGACAUAGUGGAUGCUGCUGAUGGGGAGGAGGGACGAGUGGGUGGGGCCUCACAUUGGAAGACUUGAAGGGGAACAAGAAUCACCCUGAAAUGUGUUUUGGGGAGAAAAGAUACAGUCAUCCUCAUCCCUUCAGGUAGAGGUUUGGGUGGGAGGAAAGAGAGAAACAACUUCCCUGGCAGCUGCUACUCUGCCAACACUAAUUUUUCCCCACACCGUCUUUGUACAUUUCAAAGGUUUUGUCUCCUGAGUGGGCCUCAUUUUCCCCCUGUGACAGGGAAAGUAGGGCCCCUUUGGCUGAUUUUGGAGUACUGUGAGUUAGGCAGUGUUGACGCCAGCAUGGGUCUUACUUGAUUGGGGGGUGGGCUGAGUGAGGGACAGGGUGGGGAUAAGGUGGGGAUGAGGGGUGUAGUGUGGGCAGGGAACUGGAAUCCCUGGUGGAUUUCUGAUUCCUGUGGGGAGAAAGAAACAAGGUCCAGGGAUGGGGAAGCAGAGGCAGGCCUGCUGACCAGCUUGUUGCUGGCAAGCACAGAGAUGGGGGUGCUGGUGCAGGUGGUGAACAGGUGUUCCAGUGUGGGCUGUAGUGCCGGCAAGGGGGGGAAGCUUUCAGUAUAGGGGGAGGUCAGCAUGUCCUGCAUUUGAGUUCCCUUUGCAUAGCUUGAAGUAGGUUAUACAGAACCACAUAUCUCCUGACAUUCAUGUGGUAGGCAGAGGAAAACAAGUUAACCUGUGGUGAAGAAAUUUCUAUUGCUAGUUGGAAACUGCUAGAAUUGAACUCCGUUUAGAAUAAGAUCAAGGAUAAACCUAAGCUAAUUUUUUUCUGAAAUAGGAAACAUUCAAGGACACAGUGACUGAGCUGUACCUAGUAAGAGCCAUAUUAAAGUUGAAUUGAGUCCGGACUAGGAAGCAAGUUGGUUGCAUCACUUAAGCAGGUUCUUUCAAUUACUGAUGCAGGGGCCUUCAGUUUUAUUCAUUUUCAGUAUAGCUUGCCAGUAUUGUCCGAGUAUCCAAAAGCUUUUCUGGAUGGAGACAUAACAACUGACUUGAACUGCAGUGUGCUCGUGAGUGUCCAGGCUCUCAAGAGUUGGCGAAAACCCUUGUGUUUGGCACAUGCAGGGUUAAAUUCCCUGCACUAACUUGGACUUCAUAAAACUAUUGUCAUGCACUUGCUGGUGCCCGGGUAGCACCAUAAUGCCUUUACCAAGACAUGCUGAGCUGCAUCCCCCAAGUGAAGCAGAUGUAGCCUUGGUGGGCUGGUGCUUUUUGGUACAUAGAGCAUCAGGGGACUGGCCUGAUCUGAGUCGGAUGAGAGUUUCAGUCCUUAAAGUUUGUGUUGGCAGCUCAGCGGACCCACUGCUUGUGUAUUUAAUUCCUCAUGGUACUGUGGGUUGUACAGCCUGGACUUGUUCCAUGCAUGCCUGGGGCAAAGCCCCAGUGACUGUGUGGGGGCCACAGUCCUCCCAUGGAGGGCCUGCUGCUGCUCAGUGGAGAAGAAAGGAAAUUGCAUCUCCACUUUGGCCACAUUUUGAUGAGGAACCCACAGAUGCAACUUCUUGCUUGUAACAUUGACACUACCCUGUGUUUAUCUUGCCCAAGCCAAAGAGGAAUGUUAGGUUGGCUUGCCAAGCCCUUGAGUGAUGGGAGUUGGGGGUGGGAAGGGGCUGAGCCCCCACAGCAAUUCGAGUGUGUCCUCCAGGAGUGAGAAGGACAUAGGAAUCUCUGGAGGCCCCACAUUUCCAUACUCACCAGGCUGCUUCCAAGUUGUUGAUAGGAGAUGUGAAUUAUUCCCAAAGAUGUCUCAUCAUGAGAAAAAAGGAACCUUUUGUUCACAUUCAGGUCUUUUAGUGCCAUAUGAAGUAGCAAAAGGCAAUAUUAGCCAGAUCAGUGUUACAUUGAUUCUAAAAUUACAGUGUCCCCAUUAAACGUCUAUUUCAGGUGUGAAAUAACCUUUGAAGAGGACAUUGGGAAAAAGGCAUUUCCUCUUUGUUUUAAAUCAGUAUGAAUAUUGUAUGCAUAAAUCAAAAACAAAUUUGCACAGCUAGAAAUUCUCUCACUUGUGGAUGGGAGAAUCUGCCCCAGGAAUCUGUGAGGAUGGUAUUCUAUGGAGCCUGGCUUUGAAAGACUUCAUUAUUAGUAGAAAUAGCAGGGGUUUAGGAAGGGGGAGAGUUAGCAUCCCCUAAAACCUGCACAUGGACAAGGAUUGGCGCUUUGGCCCUAGGAAAGGGGAGGCGAAUCCCCGGGCUCAUCACUGCAGUCUGUCAGCGCCGGGCUGGCGUGGACAGAUGGGGGCCUCCCAGAGCCCUCAGCCAGUUCUCCCUGAGUCAUUCCUUAUGCCCUUCGAAGGAACCCAAGCACUUCUCACACCGUGCUGCGGACAUCCCAGCCUGAUUGUGUCUGAGAGUUGCAUCAGGCCUCGCAGUGUAAACACGAUUCAUUUAUGAGUUCACAUGAUGACACUGAAUACUACAGACCAAAAUCCACUUGUCAGCAGGAGCGGUGGCCCAGGCUCAGUGCCCAUGGUCUUCGGGCUCCUCCGAGGGCAUCCACACUGGGCCAAGGGGGGCCAUGCCAAGGGUCCAGGCUGCUUUAGUCCAUCUGCACCCCGCUCGUUUGGGGAUAGAUGGUUUUUCUUUAUUGUAAAAUUGUGGACUUUUAAAACCUGUUGACUAAACAGUAAUUAAUUUAUAUUUGUGAAAAAUGCCACUGUCCUAGUGAUUUCUGAUGUAAAUAAUGUUGUUUAUAUAGUAUGUAUUAAAUUUUCCUACAUUGUAAAACUGCUGUACUUUUGAUUCUUGUAUAUUAAAAAGUGUUACUGAGGAUUUUUAGAAUUGGGCUAACA